GCCUUGUCCAGAUGAACCAGCGCGACUAAAGGCAAUUCUACCUAAAAACACAAUGAAGCUUGGUGAAACACUUGAUGAAACCAUAGAGUUGGAGCUUGUGGACCAGUAUGACAAUGUCACCAAGAGGCUGACUGCUGCCGCUGCCAAGUCAAUGACUGUUGAAGCUGAGGGACUGGACCAGUCUAACAUUCAAUUCCUAUGGCAGAGCGACGGCAUUAAGGUGAAGUCCUUCCUGCAGACUGUCUCUGCGGGACAAGAGAGCAGCAGUUCUGUUGCGGUUACCGGAGUCUGUUUCAAGUCAGGGCCUCUUGGGCCCAGGGAGCUUUGCUUCAGCUACAACAACUACACAGAAUGCGUCAUCAUAAAAGUGGCAGCAGGAAUCCCCGCCAAGCUUAAGCUCCUUAGUGGGCCUGAGCUGCCAUUGCAGGUAUUGAAUUGUCAAGGUAUUCCAACACCAUUUACUGUCCAGCUCUGUGAUAAGUGGGAAAAUCCUUCUCAGGACAAAAACUUAACUAUUGAGAUAACAACAACAUCCGAGACACUGAAGCUGACACAUGAGUCACAACCCAUGGACUCAGAAGGAAAAGUCUGCUUCACCAUUAAUAAUCUUAAAGGUUCAAAAGGGUCCUACGUGCUGGAGCUUAAAGGAUCCUUAAAUGGCAAAUCCAUCCCUGGUCCAUCAGUGAAACUCAUUCUACUCGCUGAUCCCAACAAACCUAUGAACCUGUCAGUGAAAUACGAUACAAAUGCCAGAUUCCCUGCUGGAGAUUUUUCAGUGACUGUGCUUUCUGAAGAGGGGAGUCAGAUACAAACUUUUAAACCUGCAGAUCUAUCUAUGUCCCUGUGGGAGAAAGGGUCGGCAACACAACCUGAAACAGACAUUAUGCCAAAAUGCGGAAAACCUAUUAAAGAUGAGGAGAAUCACUGUUAUCGAUUUAGAGGAAAAGCAAUCCCAAAACAUGCUGGGGAGUAUACUGUAGAGUUUGCUCUACAAAGCAACAAAACAGAGGAUCAGCUUAGGACUCAGAUCAAUAUAAAGGUGGUGGCUAAUGAACCAAUCAAACUGGAACCCGAAUGCCAGCUAGAAACUCCAGCUGUUUUCAACUGUAGAGACAUCAGCAAUCGAAUCUUGGUUGAAAAUGUGACGCUAAAGAUUAUGGAUCAGCAUGGUAAUCCAGCUGGGCAGGACUUGAACGGUAAGGUGUUCAUCUCAAUGAAGUGUCCUGACGGAGAAAUACCCAGAAGUCUCCCCUUGUUUAAAGACAAAAACAGCCAUGUCCAAAUUAGCUUAAAAGAAGGAACUGCCAACAUUGAUAGUUUAGCAAUUUCAGAAAACAGUCCUGGUGAGAACGGAAGAAGAUAUAUUCUCCUCUUCAGGCCUGAGGUGACGAUGCCGCCCACAUCUCUCAGUCCUUUUGAGCUGCCCUUCUAUUUUUACAAUGAUGCUGAGAACCACCAAAAAAGAUGUGAACUGCUGAAGAGAAAGGAUCGGCUGAAUGAGGUCAAAGACACAACAGAGAAAGAGAUUUCUUUCAGAAAUGGGCUGAAACACAAAGGCCUAAAAAUAGAACACCAGUUAUCGAUUAAAGACAUUGCAGAACAUCUAAAACAGAAGAACGUAGAGGUUGAAAACAUAGAGAAAAGCAUCAGAAGAGUUUGUUCCAUUCCUAACCAAUUCAGUGGGCCGGAUAUUCUUGGAAUGGUUGGCCACUUGGCUUUUGUUGCUGAUGAUGAUGCUGCAAGGGUUAUCUCCUGGCACCUGCAGGGAGACAUGGACUGCGUCAUCACCACCACAACACCAGCAGCUCAGAAACUCCACCAAAAAACAAAGGGCAACCAGCAGGUCAUGCCUCUCGACAGCAUUCUUUUGCACCAAGGAAGCCGACCCCUGCCACACAUAAAAUAUGGCAGAGAACUUUUCAGACCUACUGGGAACCCAGUCUUUGCCAAGGACCUGCUGAUUUAUCCUUACAAAGAGAGUUGUGAUCCAGAUAAACUGACAAAAGUGUUUAAAAACCUCCUCGGCGACACGAUCCUGAUGGACGACUUGAACUCAGCCACUAACUACAGGAAAGAGGUUGUGGAGAAGGGGAUAUUUUGUCCUACCAUACUGACCCGAAAGGGAGACAGGGUCAGUGGCAGGGGCAAAUUCGGAGGGAAAAACAACAGAGCACCAUCAAUUGACCAGUUAAAAGUGUUUGGAGCUCCUCUACCACCACACUACUACACACUGAAAGAUCAAAUAGAUGCGCUUCGUGAGUACCAAGCACUAGUGGAGAAAAAGGAAGAAGCAGAAAAGGAGCUUAAUGACCACAAGAAUCCGUAUCAGUGA